UGUGACACAAGCCUUGCUCCCAGAGGUUGGUCUUUUAGGAGAUGGCUCUCGGGGUUGAAUGGGGAUCGAGCCGGCCAGGGUCACAUGGAGGCUACAGAAAACAGGAAGGACAGAGACAAAGAGGCCAAGGGAAGCCAACCUGGGGACUACCACGGGCCAAGAAGAGACUCCUGUGGCAGCUCCUCCUGUUUGCAUUCAGCGUCUUAGGCCUGUACCUAUACGGGCUCCAUAUUGCCAGGUACUCCCCCAGGGCCAGGGUUAAAGAGCAUCUUUCCAGGGGCCUCCUAGAGGGAAGAAAGGUGGUAGCUGGCUUAGCCUGGGCAAAUGUUCUGCUGACUCUCCUCCCCAAACAAGGAACAUGCCAAAUGCCCCUUCCUGUUUAUCGCACCUACAGGUACUUAGAAGGCUUAGUCCCCAUGGGCAUCUGCCCCACAGCCACAAGGCUGAGGGACAACUUCACAGGUGUCCUGCGGCACUGGGCCCGACCUGAAGUCCUGACCUGUACCUCCUGGAGAGCGCCAAUUAUUUGGGAUGGCAUCUUUGACCCACAUGAAGCCGAGCAAGAGGCGAGACGGCAGAACCUCACCAUUGGACUGACUGUCUUUGCUGUAGGCAGGUACCUGGAGAAGUACCUGAAACACUUCCUGGAAUCUGCCGAGCAGCACUUCAUGGUGGGUCAGAGCGUGGUGUACUAUGUGUUCACUGAUCGCCCGGAAGCAGUGCCCUACAUAGGGCUGGGUCAGGGUCGCCUGCUGCGGGUGGUACCGGUACUGCGAGAGCGCCGCUGGCAGGACGUGUCCAUGGCGCGCAUGCGCACGCUACACGAGGCUCUGGGAGGGCAGCUGGGGCAGGAAGCUGACUAUGUGUUUUGCCUGGACGUAGACCAGCACUUCAUCGGUAACUUCGGGCCCGAGGCGCUGUCUGAUUUGGUGGCGCAGCUGCACGCCUGGCACUACCGCUGGCCGCGGUGGCUGCUGCCCUACGAGCGGGACAAGCGAUCGGCUGCCGCGCUGGGGCUGGGAGAGGGCGACUUCUACUACCACGCGGCGGUGUUCGGGGGCAGUGUGGCGGCGCUGCGCAAGCUGACGGCCCACUGUGCGCUUGGCCAGCAGCGGGACCGUGAGCGCGGCAUCGAGGCGCUCUGGCACGACGAGAGCCACCUCAACAAGUUCUUCUGGCUGUACAAGCCCACCAAGCUGCUGUCGCCUGAGUUCUGCUGGGACCAGAAAAUUGGCUGGAAGCCAGAGAUCCACUCCCCUCGCCUGCUCUGGGAAUCCAAGGAGUAUGCGCUGGUGCGAAACUAGCACGCUCCCCUGGACGGUCCGGGCGCAGGAGCAUCUUUGGCACUGCGGGUGUGGAGUGGGGAUCGCAUGAUGUUUCGAGACCAUGAAGCCAGCUGGAGGCCGGUUACAGUGCCCCUGGAAGGGGGACUGUGGAGCUCAGAGGUCUUCAAAAGAGCUUCCUGUUCCUGGGACCCGUAGACUCUGUUAACCAAUCAGCUGACUGGAGAAUCCCUUUGCUCUAACCAGAUGCAAAUUAUGGAAAGGCGAGAGGAAGCUCUUUGGGAGCCUACUUUGGCAACUCUUGUAUGACAGGUGUUUGUCAGCAUCAGCAGCAAGCAGGUGGGGGUCGCAAGGGACGCUUUCUGGUGUUAAAACUUUCGCCUGUCUUAGUCCUUGGCAGCAGCUGACAUUAGUUUCUGCGUGGUCCUAGGUAUCAGGGGGGUUCCCCAGACCUUGACAGUGCUUACAGCCACUGAGCCUUCAGUAUCUGAGGCUUGACAGCUGUCUGGAAGCAUUCCUGUGACCAGGGCCUUCAGUUUCUCUUCUCUUGGUCCUCAGCUCCUCCUCAGCCUCCGCGGUUCAUCUUGUUCAUGCUCCGGCCCCUCUUGUUCAACUGCCUCCACCUCCUCCAUCAACGGGCUGCUGGCUUCCCACUUCUGCAGCUUGCCUGGCUGACCCAGUGAGUACUUCUCCUUGGGCUCCCAAGCUGUUGGCUCCCUUGUCGCUGGUGUGGUGUGGCCUGCUGACCGCUCAGCUAGCUGUAACCGCCCCUUUCAUCUCCACUGCUCUGCGGGUCGCUAUGCUAACACGUCUUUCAUGCUACUAGAUCACCCCUCACUCUUAAACAUUGGCAAGACCAUUCAAGAGAAGUCCUUUAUGGGCCUAACAGUGCAAUGCAGGGAAGCAGCAUGGGAGUGUCGUCUUCCCCGACCCCACCCCCACUGGCUCACUAAGAGCAGCUGAACAUCUAGUUCCAUACAGGAUAAAUAAUAGGAUAAAAGGGUAGAUUACUGAAUUUAUUCUGAAAAGAAAAAGGGGAAGAUAUAGAAAUGAUAAGAUAAAAGGUAGAUUAUUGAGCCUACUUUUCAGAGUAGUCUGAAAAGAAAAAAGAGAGAAUAUGGAUAUGAUAAGAUUAAAAAAAGGUAGAUUAUUGAACCUACUUUUAAAAGGCAACUACUAGUUUUAAAUAUUUUACACUGGAUUGGAUUUUUGUACAUUGUAUACAAAUUUUGUAUUGGACUCACCCAAAUAGGAUAAAUGAUGAAAUUUUUUGUCUAAAUUUGUCAAAUGUUAAUGGACUGGACAUUGUUAAUAUAAUUCUUGACUGUAUAUAUUGUAUAUACUUAUUGUACUUAUUGUAUAUAGUUUUUCUUAUAUUAGUUAUAACUUUUAUUUUAGACCAAAAAAAAAGAGGGAAAUGUGUUGAUAUAUUGUUUGUACUCUAACAAAUAAAACUUAUUUGGGGAUCAGA